AUGCGUAGCGAAGGAGAGGAGUGCGCCGCCGAAGAUGCCGGGUAUACAGCAGAAGACGAGCCAGGCCCGGCGAUGCGAGGUGUAGCGGAUGUCGUAACCAGCGGUGAGGGUGCUGGCAAUGGAGACAAGACCGGAGGAAGUGUUGAGACGAGCGGAGUUCGGGUAGGAGAAGCUGAUGACCGCAAAUAUGAUGCGCCAGCCCUCCAAUCCCUCCUUCCUCUCAUCUUUGACUUGCUGAAACGCAUACGACAGCAUACCACCGAUGAUCUGCCCCAGCCCGAGUCCUGCAAACCAGAUGCUGAAGCGUGGCGCUUGUUCGGACUUGGUGUACCAUCGGCUGCUGCUGAGCGUCGGCGAGGGCACGAUGGCGGCUUCAAAGAUGCCGAGGAAGAUGCGUUGGCAGAAUCUGAUGGUGAAGAGAUUCAUUGA